AAAUAAGCAAAGCUCUGUGCCAAUUGUUAGCUCUAUGCAGAAGUUUGGGAGAGGGAGGAGAAGUUACUCAUUUGCCCGAUUCUGCACGGUGAGUCCAGGGGAGAAGCCAGUGUUCCGCAGCCUUGACAAGCAGCACAGGGCAGCUGGCUGCAGCCACCAGGACCGGACGGGACAGGAGCUACCGGCUGCAUCUGAGCGUGGUGGUCCCGGGGUCCAGACGAACUGCUCUACAGAUGAGGCAUUUGCCUUCUCUUCCCUAUGAUGGCCAGAGUGUCCUGUGCUAAGAGAGAGUGUCAAAGAAGACCUCAACGUCUGGAGAAAAAUGAUCUUUCAAGGAAUACAAAGCAUACCUCCUGCUACAUGUUUUUGCCUUACUAACCUCUGAUAACCAGGACGCAUGGCCCUGGGCCUACACAAAGUCCAUUGACCAUCAAACUCCUCACCAUGCAUCACCUGUUCAGACUGGUCUUGGGACAAAAAGAUCUUUCCCGAGCUGGGGACCUCUUCUCCUUGGAUGACUCUGAGAUUGAAGACAGCCUGACAGAAGCUUUGGAGCAAAUUAAAAUAAUUAGCUCAUCUUCAGAUUACCAAACCAACAACAAUGACCAGGCUGUGGUUGAGAUCUGCAUCACCAGAAUCACAACAGCCAUCAGAGAGACAGAGUCCAUUGAAAAGCACGCGAAGGCCCUCGUAGGGCUCUGGGACUCCUGCCUGGAGCACAACCUGAGACCCUCCGGGAAAGACGAAGACACCCCCCAUGCAAAAAUCGCCUCUGAUAUCAUGAGCUGUAUUUUACAGAAUUACAACCGGCCCCCUGUGAUGGCACUAGCCAUCCCCAUUGCAGUGAAAUUCCUCCACAGAAGCAACAAAGAACUGUGCAGGAAUAUGUCCAACUACUUGUCCCUGGCUGCAAUCACCAAGGCAGAUCUCCUGGCUGAUCACACAGAAGUCAUAGUGAAGAGCAUACUCCAAGUGCCCAGCCAGUCCACAUGCCUCUGCUGUUGUCCUCGCCAUUCUUCCUGACAGGGCCUGCUGUGGUGGCGUCCACCUCCACCACCCUGAGCCCAGCAAACUCCGUGGCUGCUGCCAUCAAGGUCCCAGGAACAGACUCCAUUCCACACUGCUCUGCCUGUCUGUCCUUUUGCACUGCUCCUCUUGAAGGUCAGGAGGCAUCAGCCCUCAGUCCACUGAUUCCAUGUGGCAGGAUCGGGGAGAACAUCCAUCUUUCUCCUUGGUGUCACAUUUUGGUAGAGAGGCCCCAGAGCAAGGUUGCUUGGCUCUCAGUGCCAAACUGUGGGACCAAGUCAAUAGAUGGGUCAAUAGACAGUUCUGUUUUGUCUAAAACUGUCUCUUCUCUGGGCUCCACUAUUGACCCAAGAGUUGGGCUAGCAAAAAAGUAGUUCUCCAGUUCUCAAAAUGCCUAUCACCCCCCAAGGACUGAGGUUCUGUUGAUUGUACCAAACAUUCCUAAGAAGAGUUUUUAGGACCCCCUCCCUCACCCCCCAGACAUUGACCAGCUACCCCAAUGGUCUGCCAGAUGUCCAGAUAUGUCUGAACUCCAGCCACGACAGUGGGAGUUUAUCACCCUCCCUGUGCCCCUCUAAAGAUUUGUCAUUGAUAUUACUAGUCAGUAUCAUUCUCUUGGCCACAGGAUUGAAUGCUAAUUUCACAUUAUACGUAUUAAAUUCGCUAAAAGCCCAGAAAAGCAAUCAUGUUUUUUUCACCACCUUGGUUAUAUAUUUGGAAUAGAUUUUAUAGGAAUUAAAAACACUUAUAAACUGCACACA